UCCUGCUGCCUUUCCUCUCCCUUUGCAGUGGUUCUCUUCUGGCACAGCAGUGACCAGCCCAGAGCCCUGCAGCAGCAGUUCUCGGAGUGGAAGUGCGACUCAGCAGAGCCACAAGGCACAGACCGAGGCUGGACAUGCUGCCCAGAGGGCUGGAGAAGGUUUCAAAGAAGCUGCUAUUUCCUGUCCCUUGAUAGGAUGAACUGGGCCGAGAGUGAGCAGAACAGCACUGGGAUGGGCUCCCAGCUGGUGGUGAUCAACAGCAAGGCAGAGCAGGAAUUCCUCUCCAAGCAGAUAAAACGAUCUCCACAAAGACAGAAUUUCUACAUCGGUCUGUUUGAGUUCAAGGAGGGCCAAUGGCAAUGGGUGGACAAGACUCCAUAUAAUGUGACAGCAGCGUUCUGGCGAGAAGGGGAACCAAGUAAUACUCUUGAUGAGAACUGCAUUGUAAUCCACAAUCUUGGAAAAACUUUCAACAACUGGAAUGAUGCCACAUGA